AUGGACGAUUCAAUCCACCAGGAGGGUUCUUACCACCCAGCCGAUUGUCGUGCUCGUGAUGUCUCGAAUCACCCCUCACCACAAUUAAUCCCUGUGACCGCAUUGCCUGAACCUUAUAGCGACUUCUUUGCUUUCAAUCAUUUCAACAGUGUACAAAGCGAAUGUUUUCCCACUGUGUAUAACACCAAUCACAAUGUUUUAACCAACGCUCCAACAGGAAGCGGAAAAACGGUCAUCUUCGAACUAGCGAUCUUAAGAAUGUUGGAGUACAACCAAAUGUCGAAGAGUGUCUACAUGGCUCCUACCAAGUCAUUAUGCGCGGAGAGGUUUCGAGAUUGGAGCGCACGAUUUGGAUCGCUCGGAGUCAACUGUGUAGAGUUAACGGGCGAUAGCGAACAUGCUGGCUUAGCUGAUGCUAAGCUUGCGAAUAUUAUUAUCACCACACCUGAAAAGUUUGAAUUCACCAAGCUCUUGGACAAAAUCAGAUUAGUGUGCAUUGAUGAAGUUCAUAUGCUAAACGAAGAACGUGGCAGCGUUCUCGAAGUAAUUGUGGCACGCAUGAAAACUCUUGGGACUAAUAUUAGACUGAUCGCACUCAGCGCGACAGUGCCAAACAUAUGUGAUGUUGCCGAGUGGAUGGGUGACGGUGGGGUCGCCGACCAAAAUGAAAAGGCGUUGACCGGCCAAGCACCAGCGAAAACUUUCAUCUUUGGCGAAGAACACAGACCAGUCAAAUUGUCCAAAUUCGUGUACGGCUAUACUCGUCGACCGGAGCAUACCGAAUAUCAAUUCAUGAGUUUAUUAAAUUUCAAGCUAAUCGAUCAUAUUUCGACUCACUCGUCUGGAAGACCGACUUUGAUAUUCUGCGGCACCCGCAAAAGCUCACUGCAAGCAGCCGAAACCCUUUCGAAGGCUUAUCAAAAGAUGUCAAGAACAUUUUGUGACAAGAAGUUGAGCGAACUUGGCGCCCAGGGGAUUGGAAUCCAUCACGCUGGUCUGGACCAAUCUGACCGCAGACAGAUUGAAACGCUUUUUACAUCAAACAAAAUUUCCGUCUUGUGCACCACUUCAACGCUUUCGGUCGGUGUCAAUCUUCCCGCGCGGUGUGUCAUUAUUCGCGGAACCAAAACUUACCGAGGUGGGACGAGUAGCAGAGAUGGAUUCGAAGAUUACAGUGAAUUGGAUUUGAUCCAAAUGAUGGGAAGAGCAGGAAGGCCACAGUUCGACGACGAGGGUGUGGCGGUGGUGAUGACUUCCCAAAAUGAUAAGAUGCGGAUUGAAAAACUGGUCAAGUCCGAGACCAUGUUAGAGUCUUGCCUUCACUUGAAUCUCACCGAGCACAUCAAUUCCGAGAUUUAUAUGGGGACCAUCACCAGUCGCGGCUCAGCAAUUGACUGGCUUGAAAAUUCAUUUCUGUCUGUUCGGAUAAAAAAAAACCCCAAGCAUUACUCAAUCAGUGACGAUCAAAUUGCGCCUGAUAAGCAGUUAGAGAAUCUCGCAGGAGCUGCGUUGGAUCUUCUAGUACUGGAUGGCUUAAUCGAGGAGAAUGAAGAUGGUGUGAUUCGGCCAACAGAACUCGGUGAAAUCAUGUCCAAGUUUUGUCUCCGGCACAAAACAUUUCUAAGUCUCGCCCGGAUGAAGCCGAGUGCCAACAUGAGGAACAUUUUAGAGGUUGUGUCUGACGCUGAUGAAUAUUCUACUUUGAGACUGAGGGCUGGUGAAGGGAUGGCGUAUAAGACCCUCAAUUCACACCCGGAACUCAAGUGCCCCAUCACCGGGAAAGUUACGCAAACCUCGCAGAAAGUAAUGCUAUUAAUUCAGGCGGUCCUUGGCGGUAUCCCCUUAGCUGAGGUCAAGGUCGAAAACACCAAUCCAGUUAUGGAAGUGAACAUAAUUUGGCAACAUCUCCCCCGGAUUUCCAAAUGUAUUGUAGCGCUGGCGAUUUCCCGACACGACGCUGCAGUUAAGAAUUGUUUAGAAUUUUUGCGAUCAGUGACAGCCAAAGCUUGGGAUGAUUCUCCGUGGGUGCUGCGCCAGCUUGAUUCUAUCGGGGAGAAGUCCGUCAAGCGCUUUGUGGAUGCAGGAAUUGCGACAAUUGAUCAGUUACAAAAAACAUCCAAUCACCGGAUCGAAAUGAUACUUGACCGGAAUCCUCCUUUUGGUACCAGGAUUGUUCGCCAAGCGCGCUCUUUGCCCAAAUUCUUUUGCACGAUGGCAACGGUAUCGGAGAGUGUUGUCCCAGAAGGCAUACAUGUCUGUGUUGAGAUCAAUGUAGGAUUAUCAGACACCGGCGAAGCCCCUGUUGGGAAGUGGAAAAACUACACAUUAAUGGCCACAGUGCUGGUUAUGACGAAUGAUCAGGAAUGGAUCGAGUUUAGAACGAUCCAGGUGAAUUUACUCCGCGAAACCAAGCAAUUCAAUGUGGAAUAUAUCCUGGUGAAGCCAUCCCAAACGAUUGUCGCGCAGGUUGCAUGUACCCAGCUGGCUGGAAUCGGCGUAAGCACUCGCUGGAAGCCCCGGACUUCGAGAGAGCAUUAUCCCAAACCCAAAACAAUCACCGAUGACGAAGCCGCCUCACUGGAAGUGUUGGAAGGAUUAAACCCGAAAGACUUAGCGGCAUCGAGUAACGAGUCCGAAUGCGAGUUUCUAGACAAACAUCCGAAGUCCGUGAUCAAAUCCUCGACUCAAAUCCCGUAUCCACAGCGAAAAACAGAGAAAGCUUUCCACAAGUCAGAAGCCCCUGCCAGCGCGACUGAGGGCAAGAAAACCGCAAUCGAAGCCAGAGAGAGAUUAAAAAAUGGACGGUACAAGUGUGCUCACAGGUGCAAAGGAGCAUGUCAUCAUGUUUGUUGCAGAGACGGGGUUUCCAAGCCGCCAAAGAUCCGUGAAGUCAACAAGACAUCUUCGGCGAAUUUGACUAAUUCUCAACACUCGGGAAGUCAAAUUUCCUUGCCUUUGAAUCCGAUCAGGACUACAAAUAUCACUCGAACACCUGAGGAUUGGCGCAAUAUCUGCCAAACAGGUGCAGGGAGCUCCUUGCAAGCGAAUCAGCCGAAGCUCAGCGGAAGAAUCAAACCUAUCAAAAAGGUCCCCGAAGCCAAACGAUUCGAUCAACAUAAUGAUUUACCGUCUUUAGAGGAGCUGCACGAGAUGUCAAAUGAGGAGACAGAGGCAACGCACCACCAGAACGUGAAUAGUUCGAAAGGGAUGUCGGACUUCAGAUCUCCGGAAGCGGAUAGACGCAAGUUUGAUUUCCGGUCGCGAGAUGACAAGGAGGAAGAAGUGGCUCCAGUUCAGAAAGCCGCGAAGGGAACGAAGGAGGCCGUCGGCAUAGAAAAGUUCCGAAACAUGAAAAAAAUCGUCGAAGAUUUUGACGAACGCGGAAUAUUCCGUCAGCAAAAACAGCACCCCACUCCUCCACCAACGAAGACCGGUCCCGUCGGAUUUCCCGAGGUCCCACUACAGCUCGAUGAUGCGGAGCCCAGAUAUUCUCAAGUUCUCUCCCAAUCUUCCGACUUUAACAUCCAACCUCCCAAUAGUAGCCAUAAUAACCAAGAGAUACCUCAGGCUUCGCCAGAAGAAGAGGAGAUCGAUGAGCUUGACGAGGAUUGGGAUAUCAAAAUAUUUGAAGGUUAUCUGGCUCCGCAAGGGUCACAGGAGAGCGAGGAGUCCAUUAAGCGGCACGUCGAUCAACCCGAUGGAAGCCAAUCAGGCCCAACCCCCAAAAAACGCAAGAUGGGUGCGACGGAAGACACGGAAAACGGAUCAGAGGAAGAAAUCGGCCCUCGAUUGGAAUCGAGAGCCAGUUUGAAGUGCGAAAUGGAUGGCGAGGAUCGACGAGACGAUGCAAAUUUUCCGCCACCUCGAAAAGGCACAUCUACUGAUAUGAGAGAAAACCUAGCCGAUCCAGAAAGCGGAACCGAUCACGACGAAUAUGAUGAGUUUGAUGGUGAAGACUCCAUGAUGGCUACGCUUGAUGAAGUUUUGGCUUGGGCCGAGUCCCAUGUGAUGGGAGAGUGA